UUCAAGCUCAACUCCCUCUCAAACACAAUUAGAGACUAUGUCUGCAAGACCUAUCUCCAAAUUGAAAGCCCAGCUAAAAAAACAGAAGUUUGAGAAUGGGCAGUUGGGUUUGAAACAAAGUGAGUUGGAACUGUACUUGAGUGAGGCCAUAAUUGAAGAGGAUACAGAUUUUGACAUCUUAAGGUGGUGGAAGUUAAAUAGUGAGAGGUUUCCUAUCCUCUCAAAAAUGGCUAGAGAUAUUCUUGUUGUUCCAAUCUCUACUGUUGCUUCUGAGUCCACUUUUAGUACUAGUGGUAGAGUGUUGGACUGUUUCAGAAGUUCAUUAAGUCCAAAAAUUGUGGAAGCUUUAAUCUGUACUCAAGAUUGGCUAAGAAAUCAAAGCCACCCUAUCUCAGUUGAAGAAAAUAUAGAUGAAGUGCAAAGGCUGGAAACAGAAUUAAUUGAUGGUAGUGUUACUGGUGGUCCUGAUGGCUAUGUUGGUGGAUCUUUGCAGGAUCUUAUUGCAGUAAAAAUACUGCUUUUUUUACUUAUUUAUUGUUGAGCAUUAUAUAUGACUGAUUUUGUUGGCAGAUUUGAUUGUGAAUCACUGAAUUGUACAUGAAUGAUGGAAGCAGUAAACAUAGUUAAGACUGGUAACAAAAGCUUAUUGCCCAUUUGCCCCUUGUGAAGUUAUAAUGAAUGGUAACACAAGCUUAUUCUCCUUUAAUCAUUUAAAUCAUUUCUUGAUUGAUGGGCUAAUGGCUAUGAUGAAGCUUCCACAAUAAACUGAUUUUGUAUGGGUUGGUGUUGUUUUAAGUGAUGGCUAGGUAACUAUAGUUGCCGCCAUUUACUUCAAAUCUGUAUGCCCCCAUAUAAAUUUUGAAUGUGAAAAUAAGCUACCUGAGCCUAUGCCCCUUGUGAACUGUGUAAUGGU